AUGGCGGCGCGGAAAAGAGGAGAGCUUUUUACCAUUUUGGAAACGAGUCCGGACACAGAAGCGAGCGCGGCCUCUGAUGGGGAAGAGUGUCCGAGAAAUCUCCCCGUGGACGUAAAGUGGUUCGAGUUGCCUUUCAGGGAGCCCGAGUCGGACGAGAACGAAGAGGGUGAGUGCGGGCUGGAACACACAACCUCUGCGGUAGAAGACGCUGCGGACUAUGUAGCAGGAGGCGGCUGCAACAUUAUUUUAGUGACAGGAAACGGGAUCAAACACGACGAGUACGAAGAUGAGUCCUAUUAUGCGAGCUCGAACAACUGCUCAGAGACCGCGUCGACCGAUUCGGAUAUUGAUUUUUCCGACUUAGAGGAGGAGGAGCGUCCGGACCUGUUCGGCUCCUUUGAUCUUUUGGAUGACGACUGCGGCGCUCUGGAUUUCUGGGGCGAACCCGACCAGGUCAUCUCGAUCGAGGCGUUUAGCGCCGACAGUGGCCCUCAGCACUCACUAGGGGAUGAUGCUGACACUUUGGACUAUUUCCGGUUGCUCUUCCCAGAUUCAUUGUUUGAACACAUGGUGGAACAAACAAAUAACUACGCCCUCUAUCGGCAGAGGAGGAGCGGUCGAUCAGACGCCCACUGGCACCCGACUGAUGUGAGAGAGAUGCGAGCAUACGUAGGUCUUAACGUCCUGAUGGGUAUCAAUCAGCUCCCGGAUUAUGGCAUGUACUGGGCAAGCGAUAUUUUCAUAGGCAAUGCUGGUUUUAAGAAAACAAUGACCGCUAGGCGGUUUGAGAAGCUGAACCAGAACCUGCACCUGUGUGACCGCUUGUCCGAGCCGUCCAAAGGCGAGCUCGGAUAUGAUGGCUUGUACAAAAUCCGGCCUCUGCUGGACAUAGUGGGAAGCACGAUGUGGGAAGCCUAUUUACCAAAUCGGUGCUUGACUAUAGAUGAGUGUGCCAUUUCCACUAAGGGGCGCUUUUCCCCGACGCAGUACAUGCCCUCGAAGCCUUUGCGGAAAGGCCUGAGGGUGUGGAUGCUUUGCGACUCCCGCUCAGGCUACUGCCACCGAACGCGGCUUUACGUGGGUAAACCGAGUGACGAUGCAACUGCCAGUACAGUGGGCCACCGAGUGGUUACCUCGCUGGUUAGAGGACUGGAAGGACGCUACCAUCACCUCUUUAUGGACAGCUUCUUCACGUCUGUGCCACUGUUGCAGCGGCUCCUGCAAGAUGGCCUGUAUGCCUGCGGGCCAACCAACCCAAAUCGCCGUGGCUACCCUGACGCUCUUAAACCCCGCAAUGUAGGCAAGCUGGCCCUGGGGGAGUUCUACCAGUGCCAGCGUGGUAAUCUAGUGGCCACUGUCACUCGGGAUGCCAAGGUAGUCAGCUGCCUGUCAUCUAACUCUGCACCAGGCAUCGUGGGCAUAGGGCCAGGCAAGCGGGAUGGCGAAGGCAGCGACGGGGACUGCAGCAGCCUUUCGAGCUAUGGGAUCGCUCGGCCUCUGCCGCUGCUUUUGUACCAGGAAAACAUGCGUGGUGUGGACUUGUGUGAUCAGCUGAGGGAGUGCUAUCAGGUAGGACGUCCGUGCAAGAAAUGGUGGCGCUAUUUCCUAUGGUUUUACGUCAACCUGUGCAUUGUUAACGCUUAUAUUAUCCUGCGUGAGAGUCGCAGUGGCGCUCCGCCAGCUGGCUUUAAUGGCAAGGAGUUUACACAGCGCCACUUCCGUGUGCGCUUGGCACAGCAACUUAUUGGGGACUACCAAGGUGCUCGGGGCAUGGAGCGAGCUGCCCGCAAACGCCAUGCUGACUCACCCCUUGAGUACGGACACCGGCUGGAGCGCAUGUCAGAACGCUCACGCCGCUGCCGGAACUGCACCAACAAGGGCCUGCGGCACGAGAGUGUGUUUGGCUGCAAGAUCUGCAAUGUGCACCUGUGUAGAGGGGGGUGCUUCAGUGAAUUCCAUAAAUAA